CCUUAUUCCCUUUUGUUUACCAUCUGCAGUCCAGACGGACUGUUCACUCGCAUAUCCCUUCCGGAAAGUAUCCCUGACAACUGCAUUCUACCACUCACCUACACGCUCUUCGCCAUCACACUAUGUCUGUAGCAGCAGUAGCAGGAGCAGCCAAGUCUGCUGCAGCCAAGCCCAACCACGCCGUCUACCUCUUCCGUCACAUCCAGACAUCUCAAGUCCUGAUCUCCCUCAAGAGCUCUGUAGAGAAACAAUCGCUCAAGCAAAUAGCAGAUACGACUCGCCGCCCACCGCAUGUGCGUCCAGACCACUGGCAUCCGCUCAUCGCCAUCCAAGGAUUUUCCCAUCACCAGGAUGCCCUUGCUUUUCAUAACUCCCUCCGGGAUCACCAGCUGAACCUGCACUCCGCCAAGCUGGCGGAUAAGAAGCACAUGCUCCAGCCCCGUCGCUUGCGCGCACCUCAGGAGAUGAACCAGCUCGACGAGACCCUUGUCAAAAUGGUCGAGCUGCUGAAUGAGAACCCCAAGAUCAAGGAAAGCAAGGGCAAUGGCAUUCAGAUCCUGUGGGAAAGAGAAGGUGUCAGGAAACAGCUACUGGAGAAGGAGGGUGUUUCGCUUCUGGAGGGCAUUCAACACGGAGACCUGGUCAUCAAACGUGGUCGGGACAUUGCCAACGCAUAAUGCAUAAUAAAGCUGAACUUGAAUAGAGCGGAU